GGCGCUCUUCCGUUUAAGCACCGUUUUAAGCAUGGAAGACAUUGUUGUGCGCCAUGAUUUUUCUUUAAACAUCAUGUAAACUGAAAAGUUACAACUCAGAGGACUAUCUUUACUACCAGUAAAAAACCUAUGAUUUUUUCUGUGUGGCGAAUUCUGAUAGAAGCUUCAGGGGGAUAAGCUAGUUAAAGGCCAUAUCAGUGCUCUCAGAGUGGCAUACGUUCUGCCAAACAAACCUGAAAGUUCAUGCUCUGACAAGUUCUGAAAAAGAAGACUUCUAAAUACCAUUAUCACAAUAGAAUGGCUCCUAUAGAUUCUGCCACCAAGUCAAAAGAAUCGGAGGAGGGGCCUUCUGUAUUGUGUACAAUGAAGGGAACCGUCAAUCUCUUCAUCCAAGCCCUGCAUAACCUACAAUCGUCGCCUCAGAAAGCGCGAGAUUAUGUGAGUCAGAUAAGUGAUCGCAUCGGCAAGCCCGAAGUUACGCCAGAACACUUUACUCCGCUUGUCGGUAAAAUUCUUAGAUAUCUGCUCAUGAAAAAUAAGGGAAUUCCCCGCACGCUGGCGCUUCGCCAUGGAUGUGUGUUUCAAGACGUCAGCAUACUGGCAAAUGUCCAUCCAUUCAUCGAGUUUUUAACCUAUGUGAGUGCUGUGGCCUUUGAGCUAGGGAUGUAUACUUGCGCGAAAACCAUUUUGUUUCUCGCUCUUGACUCCAUUGACAAUGUACCUACGGACGGCAGUCCAUCUUUUAUUGUUUUAAAAGCUAUAUUGAAAAAUAACAUUGGUUGCGUGCUAAUGAUGAAUGGUGAUUGCCAAGUUGCGCGCAAUUGGUUUGUCGAAGCAAAGCAGGAUUUGCAAGAAGUUGAAGAUUCGCCUACAAGGGAGAUGCGCCAUAUCAUAUGUGCUAAAGACACUAUGGAAACUACAAUCACAAUCAACUACGCACAUUUGGAAAUGAUAAUGGGCGAGUUUCAAAAGGCUUUGUCGACGUUUGAGAGUUUGUUUAAGAAGUCUGUGUCUGUAUUAGAAAAAGAAAUUGAACCUCGCAUGCGAAAACAACACUUUUAUAGGAAAGAUUUAUUUUAUCAUGAUACUAAGGGCGACCCAUCCGAUUUCAAGACGUGUGCUAAAUCAACAUUUUCGGCCGAAGUUCUGAACAUGUUUCCUAAUUCUGAUGCUAUAAUGAUGCAAAAAGAACUGGAAAAUAAACUCUUUCUUGCCCUUGCGGUUUUUACUAAUUUAGCUAAUGCCAAUUAUGCUAUGUGCAAGUGGUGUCCUUGCGAGGAUGCUAUAAGACAAUGUCUUAAAGGUCUAGACCUCCUACCAGUAAAGUUACCAAAUGCUGAAGCUCUGUGGCGUCUUCGCCUUUGUUUGGUACUCCGCUCUCUUGGGAGAUACGCAGAGGCUCAAGCGAUUAAUGAAAACUUUGUCAUGACUCUCGAGAAAAUGGAAGUGUUGCAGGACGAAUUUCUCGCUGAAACAUUCAUUGUAGGGGCAACGGAAGAGACCAUUCGCGCCCUUUGCAAAGAAGGGGAGUGGGCGAAGGGAGAGAAAAUGCUAAGUCUGGUUUUCCAGGCUUGUGAAGCAGUCCUAGGUUCUGACCACACUACUUUACUUGGGUUAGCCUUUAUUGCAGCAUCGCUCUACCCUCUUAGCUAUAAAUUCCAAGAUGUUCAUCUGAAGUUUGAGACGAUAGAGGACUUGUUAAUACGUUCCCCUCUUGAACAUCCGAUGCUCCUGGAAUUCUACGAAAUGUCCAGCCGUAAACAUGGACGGGAGGGAUUUGUUGAUAAAAGUAUGCUACACCAAGAACAGGCAGAGUUCCUGCGAGAGAAAUUCGGUCGUCAGAAAAAUGCAGGUUGUCGUGGUUGCGGUAUGUUCGGAGUCUGGGUAGACAAUAAUCAUGUUCUCGAGAUGUCCCGUGAAGAUCUGAUUGCAUUCUACGGGACCCCAAAACACCCUGAUGUCAUUCUAAAGGACGUCAUAGAAUGCAAGUCUAGAUUGAUGAACAAGAAGUGCGCGGAAGCCGCCCGCACCAUGUUGAUACUAGACCAAGUAGAAUCUACUAAGACAGCAUUGUCAACUGUACAAUGCUGUUCCCUCGAGAAUGAUCCGAAUGUUCUAGCUAUUACAGUAAUUCUUUUGGCGAUGGCUUUGUAUUGUCAGUCUAAAGAUGCUAUAUUCGCUCUGUUCACGAUGUUUGAAGAUCUACUAUCAAGUGGUGGAGCACGCGUGAAAUAUAUCAAUACUAGUGGAUUGUCACCAGCUUAUGUUACCAAACGCGAGAGCUGCAUCAACGAUAAAAACGUCACUGUUUUUAUCAUCAUACAGUACGAUACCUCUAACAGCAAAACAGAUGAGACGUUCCGGGUUUUCUAUGAAUUCAUUGUCGAUGACUCUAACACCCACAAAUACCUCAUCACAUGUCGGACUUCGGACAUCCCAGACGUUAACAAAGCGAAUAAAGUAGUAGAGUAUGUUAUGAGUUUUAUUAAGCUACUGUACUCACUUCCAAAGAAUUCUCAGGACCCAGGAUUGUAUGUCCUUGACAUUGUGCAGACAUUACCAAUCGCUGCACUAUCUAUUGUUAUGUGUUACGCCUUGAUGGGUAAUCCAGGACAGCACUUGCUCUCUAAAAACGGCGUGGCGUUCGAUCCAAGAACAUCAGUCACCACUUGCGACUUUGCAGACGAAUGGGAAGCUUCUUCCAUUUACAGGAUCCUUGUGCUCCGACUCAAACGUCAGAGACAUGUGCAGGGAAACCUCCAAGAUGAUCAUUCUGUGUUCCUAUCUGCAUCCCAUACGAAGGGUAUCGUGCAAGUCUUCCAUAUGGGCAGUUCGAUCACUAUAGCAACAGGGUGUCUAAAGAAUCGCAAUGAUGAUGAACCAGAGUGUGAUGAAAUCGAUGCUCUGGAACACGUGGUCAGAGAGUGCAUGAGUGAUUUCGGUCACGUGCCAGUAGCGAGAGUAGAGAACGCGUUCCAAGUCCAUAUUGCGAUAGUUUCAGAGCUUGGUGUAUGUCGUACUGAAGGUUUCUACGAGGGAUUGGAAAAGGAGUGUGCAAAACUGAGAGACGAAAAGGAAAGCCUGAAGGCUCUACUGAGGGAUGAAAAGCGCGAAUCUGCCGCAAAGCAAUCAGAUAUCAAAAUAGAAGAAGCCGUUUUGUUACUUCACCGAGCCACUGUGGCUGAUAAUGAGAUACUUGGCAACCAAGAGCAGGAACUGCGCGUGUCUGCAUGCCGGGAUAGUGAUGAGCACACAAUCUUGGAGGAUGGUUACACCCAGACGAACUCGCUCAGCAUGGAGUAUGAUUCAGAAAGGCAUCCUUAUCAAGCUCCUGCAGACGAAAUGGUCAAUCCUAACACAGAUGGUGGUAGUCGGGAGAACCCGCUUGAAGAAGAUGAAGAAGUGUUGUGUAAAUACGGAAUGAAGUACUUUGAACUUGAGAAAACUAGACGCGAUUUGCAAAUGUUCCUAAUUCCUGCCGAAGUAGAGAGAAUGAGACAGCAAAGACGAGAGCACUCACAAGAGCAAACUGACCCAGCGUCCUCAACGCAAUUACUUCACCCCAGUGCUUCGCAAAAUGCUGAAUCUCGAACAAGAUCAACGUCAGAAGAUCCACCCUGGCCGUCCCUCCCUCAAACAGCUACCAAUCAAACGGACGCGACUGAUCUGGUAGAUGGAGUGCAGUCUGCAAGUACUCUAUCUUUGAAUGCUUCAGCUCCUGGGAAAGACAUCAAGAAGGCAACAUCUUUGAAUAGCGACUAUCAACACCAAGCCAUAAACCUACGGUCAGGUCAUGUUAUUGGCGAUGCCGUUAUAAGGCCGCCGUUUAGUCAUCUGUGCGAAGAUGUAGUUGCAGACAGCGAUAUUGUACUGGACUAUAAGAAGACUCAGAUUUCAGAUAAUGAUAAAGACGAAUCAAAUGACAAAGACAAAACGAAGACACCGCUAAAGCUCAGUAGAAAGAAGAUGGACGUAGAAAACAUUGAUUUGGCCAAAACUGGUGAGCAGCCGAAGAGAGUAGGUCGUCAAAUUGAAGUCAGCGAAAUUAGUACCGACGAAAAGAUCGAAAAUAUUAAGGCAGACAAGCAAGGAGACGAAAUUGAUAAAGAUAGUAGAAAAGUGUAUGAAAAAGACACCCAAGAAUGCAAUGGAAGCAAUAGUAGAACGGGCAAAAGCGAGGCACUGGCUCUACACUACUUCAUAGAUGACAGUAUAACAGACGAUAUGCUAGGUUACAGUGGGUCACUUGGGAAGACUAGAGAUCAUUCAAGCGAAUCAUCAAGUAUGACUAGAGAGCAGACCUACGACAAGAAUGCAAGAAAUGGUUUCUCUUCAGAUGUAAACAGUGCAUCUAGUAUUACUUCCAGGACAAUCGACCCAUAUCCUACUGUACCAAAACCUGCCAAAGAUUCUGCAGUGGUUUCAAGUGUAUACAAGAGAACAGGCGCACGUCCUAAAUCCCGUCCGUUGCCAUGGUACCCGGGUAUGAGUCAGAAACGUGAAAUUCUUGCGCCUCCAGUACCAAUGUACCAUCACACUCAAACUUACUCGGGAUUAAACAACCCUGCGGAAUAUUCAAAAUCCCAAGGUUUGAAAGCUGAUGAAGUAACAGGUUCAUUCGGGCCUGUUGUGAGAAGCAUGUCUGGGACAUUCAAUGCUGGGUAUAACUCUAGUCUCUUAAUGCCAGGAAGAGAAGGAUGGAGCCAUGGAAAUGAGAGGUCGCUAGAGGCACUUGAGGAGACAAUGUCGUCAGUUUGGAAUACGUUGGAGAGUUUCGCGAAGGAAAGGGAGAGUUUGAUGAUUCUUGAAGAAGAGCACAGGAAACGUGAACGCGAGAGGGAAGAGGAACGUCGAAAAGAUGUGCGUGAGCGUAUGAAGCGCAGGGUCGAGGAGAUCAGGGCUCAAAGACAACAUGAAGCCGAACAGAAGGAGAGGGAUCAACAAAUAGAAAAGGAAAGUAAAGUGCGAGAACAGCAGCAGCUGCAAGAAGAGGGUAGGCAAAGAAAGCAACAACAUGAGCAAGAGCAGCAACGUCAACAACACGAACUGCAGCAGCAACAAGCCGAGCAAAGACAGAGGGAAAGGUUUCAACAGCAGGGGCAACCACGGCAAAGCCAACAAAAUGAUCAGCAACAACAACAACAGCAAGGUGUUAUCCAGGGACAACAGAGAGGACGUCAAAGACAACAUCAAGGCCAUCAAGGUCAACGCCAGCAGAGUACACAACAACAGCACAAGCAGCAACCACGGCAAAGUCUACAGAAAAAGGUAAAAACAUUUGUACCAAGCUAUGAGAAGUGCCCAUCUCAAGUGACAUCUGAUGAAUGGCCCUGUGAACACUACAAAAGAAGAUGUCAUGUGAUGUUUCCAUGCUGCCUUAAGUUCUUCCCAUGUCAUCGCUGCCACAACGAAUCAAAGGAAUGCAGGGAGUCUUCACGCAAGGCAAAAGAUGCUAUCCGCCUUAUAUGCCUCACCUGUCUACAUGAGCAGGACAUCACAGAAAAGAGCAACUCAUGUCAGAGCUGCAAAGCUCCAUUAGCCGAGUUUUUCUGUGGCAUUUGCAAGCACUUCACCGGCAACGAGAAAAAGCCUUACCAUUGUGAUAAGUGUGGCAUUUGCAGGAUACACAAAGAUCAGUCAUUCCAUUGUGAAGUCUGCAAUGUUUGUUUGGACGUUAGACUGCAGGGGAAACACAAGUGUAGGGAAAAUUCAGGACAUGAUGAAUGCUGUAUUUGUCUUGAGGAUGCCUUCACUGGUUGUCAAGUUCUUGCAUGCUCACACAAGGUGCACCGGGACUGUGCCGUUGCCAUGGUCCGCAAUGGAGUUCGCAACUGUCCUAUCUGCAGACAUCCUUUGUAUACCACUACUUCGACAACCUCAACUGGCAAUAAUAGUGAGCGAAAUGAUAGCGGGCACAACGAAGACAUUAACAGUGAUGGAGCAGAACAGUGAGAUAGAGUUUUAGCUCAACACAGUGAGCAAAAGGCAACUAGUUUGUUUGUUUGAAAGCUAGGGUUUAAGUUAAAAAAAACUUUUUUAUACCUUUUGGGCAUUUAAGGCUUUUUUUUGUUUAUAAUUGAUGAAAUAAAGUAAAAUAUAGCAAAAGACUUGAGGAACAUGCUAAAGAGUACCUCCUCUGCUGCAACAACAAGAAAGUCCACAAAUAGGUUUGCUUAAAACAGUAAUAAUUAAUGAUGCUUGCAUAGUUUAAGACUUUAGGCAGUUAUCCUUUACUAAAAGUAGUUGAUAUGAUUAAACAGCCUGGUGUUGUGUCACGCUCUUAUUGAGUGCACAGUUUUUGAACAUCCGGUUUUUCCGAGUCCAUUCCCUGAGUUGUGACAGUAAGUUACUCGGCUUCGCCCAUCCAACGCGGCGCAUAAUGUGAACCAAAACACAAUUUACGAGAAACAAAAUACUUUAAUUCUUUAAUAAAUAAACCAAGUAUUAAUA